UACACACAUAUCUAUCUGUCUUGUCUCAUCCCUCGGCAAAUAAUCCCCUCGCCCAGCAUGUCCGUCUACGACACCGUCGCUCCACUCUUCCUCAGCGGCCUGCAGACCUACGACCACAUCCUCGCACAGGCAGAGGCAUAUGCAAAGGAGAAGGGUGUUGAUGUCGACGCCACCUUCUUCGAGGCCCGCCUCGUCGACGACAUGCUGCCCCUCAAGUUCCAGGUCCAGAACACCACCAGCCUCGCCCAGAUCAACAUCGGUCGGCUCAUCGGCGAGGACAUCACACCCUUCGAGAAGGACGAGAAGACGGUGGCAGACCUGCGCAAGAGGGUUCAGAAGACCCUGGAGUUGCUGAAAAACAUCGACGCUGCCAAGGCUGCCGGCAAGGAGGAGGCUACGGUUGACCUGCCUGCUCUGGGCAACACACACAAGGUUUCGGCCAAGGUUGCGGUCCUGCACCACGGUCUGCCUAAUUUCUUCUUCCACCUGAAUACUGGCUACGCAAUCCUGCGGGCCAAGGGCGUGUCCAUUGGCAAGAAGGA